GAGACGUAAUGCUGUCUUCUUGAAUUGGUCUUCUCCAGUGUGGAUAUAAAAUCACGUGGCUCUAUUCGGAUUAUCAAACAUUCUAUAUUGGCUGUUCAGCACAAGCCCGUGCUUGCUGAAAUACCAAAACGGGGAACGUGACAUUUCAAUUAAAAGCAGUUUCUGUCAUUUAAUUGUGAGGUUUAAGUACUUUCAGAGUGCAUUUGCACACCUGAAAGGAUAAGUCAUGCAGAAUAUAGCCAUUUUCAUUUAUUGUAAGUAAUGAUCAUUAAUGAGAAGGUUCACCUCGUUUUUUCUGUAAGAUUAUUGUCAGAUAAAAACGGUUGGCCUGCUUUCAGGAACUGCAAUCACUUCGAAACUGGCGCUCUGAACUGAAAACCCUGCUCCCUCUCCAAACUUCAGUGCGUUUUAGCGCGCGCUUCCCAGACGCUGGAGACAUUUAAAUCCCUCCCGCAACGGUGAGAAGCAGGCUGCUCUGUUGCCACACAUUAGUCAGAGAGAAGGGUGUGUGAAGGCAAUUGUGUGCGCAAGAUUAGCUCUAUCUCUGAACGAGCAGUAUAUCGAAUACGUAAACAGCGCGUUUACCCUUGCGCAUUUUAGUUAUCGGUGAUAUAUACGCAUAUUUUCUUUUCCUCUACGUUGUUCGUUCGUCCGGCCGGCGCUAUCACAUUAGUGCUCACUUCCAGUGUGUCGGCAACGCUCUACUACAAUCUCCGAAGCAGACGAACAGCGGAAUCGGCAAUGAGGAUAACCGUAGUCUUGCACGUUUUGUGCAUCUGGAUGUUUUCGUCCUGUCUGGCGCGAGGGUCCCGGUUUAUAUACCAGUUUCCCGCGGUGACCGUACCGCACUUCAACUCUGAACAAAGCGCGGGACCCCCGGCCACCGGCGGCGCGCAUCGCAGGAACUGGUGCCAGUACACCGUGUCGAAGACGGUGUCCUGCCAGAUGCACAACGGCACGGAGAAGCUGGUGCAGAGGCUGCUUCACAGCUGCCGAUGGCCGGGACCCUGUGCCAACCUCAUCAGUUACAGGACUGUGAUGAGACCAACCUACAGGGUGGUGUACCGCCAGGUGACGGCCCUGGAGUGGCGCUGCUGUCCCGGCUUCCUGGGCGACAACUGCAGUCAGGAGUGUAUGAACUGCAGCAGCUAUGCUGACAUGAGCAACAGACUGAACGUUAUUGAGUCCAAAAUUCUGCUGCUGGAAGAGGCAGGGCCUCCACCUUCAUCAGCCAAUGGCCUGCCAGAAGGAUCGACAGAUAACGAGGUGGACACACCCAAUCCCACGCCCCUCUCCCCUCCCGCUGUAGGGCUCCCAGGGGUUAGGGGCCCCCCAGGCCCAAGGGGCCCCCCAGGGACGCCGGGGUCGUCCGGCCCCCCAGGACCUGCUGGAGAGACUGGACCCAUUGGGAAGCCAGGGCCCAUGGGAUCUCCAGGCCCGAAAGGGGAGAUGGGGUACCCUGGAGAGACGGGCCAGCCUGGGCCCCCCGGCCCCCCCCGCCCCCCAGGGCCCCUCCCUGCCUUCCCCCUGCGGGGCGAUGUGUUUGGGCUGACGGAGCGGAAACAGGAUGAGGACAGUCCCCUUCCUUCUUCUCUACCUGCAUCUGUAAACCGACAAGCCACACCUGGCUCCCCCGGCCCCCCCGGCCCCCCUGGCCCACCUGGACACACAGGUCCCCCAGGCCCAAUGGGACCCCCUGGGGCCCCUGGCACUCCUGGACAGGAAGCGCAGAGAGGCUCUUCUGGGAAGACCGGGGAGCCGGGACCCAAGGGAGACGAUGGGGAAAGGGGCCCCCCGGGACUGACCGGAGAGCAAGGUCAGCCGGGUGCCCCAGGUCUUAAGGGGGAUCCAGGAGAGAGUUAUUCAGAGGGUGAGGGUGUGCAGCAGCUGAGGGAGGCGCUGAAGAUCCUGGCUGAGCGGGUCCUCAUCCUGGAGCACAUGAUCGGCAUCCAUGAAACCACAGUGGAGCCUGGCUCUGGAUUGGGCGUUCUGGGUGACCCCACCCCCUCACCUGUGGUGAAGAUUAAAAGGGCGGAGCCAGUGGACCCCCCUUCCCUGCUCCAGGGAGCUAGAAACCUGAUUGGACAGAACCGAGAGAGGCGGAGCGACAAUUAAUGCAUCGUGGCCAACAGGGGUGCUGAAUGCACAUGUGACUGAGCUGUGAUUGGCCAGAGGCUGAUGCUAUGGGGGCUUCCGGGGGCUGGAACAGACAGGGCGGGGCUGUCUGUCUGACUCUGGGGUUGGGUGUUUGUGAUUCGUCACCAGGCUGGUCAGGUGACCAGAAAUACCCCCUCUCCAGGCUGAGCUUGAUUUCCUCCACCCUGGAAAGCACAUGCAUUAAAGAUUAAACUUCUCUUUUUUACCGUAAUAUGACUGCAGUAAUAAGAUAAAUAGCAGUUUCCUUAUAGCUAGUGCACUUCAUGUUUUUUUUAUUGGCCCACGGUUUGUCUCAGAGUCCCAGCAGCUUUAGACAGAUCCAGCGAUUCCCUAACUCCAGUUAAUAAGCAGCAUAUGUUUGCGUUUUGUGAUGUUCGCUUCGAUAAGCCGUUCCCAGCAUGCUCUCCCGUUGACGUUUGUGAAGUGAUGACAGGAAGUCCUCCCUGCGCAGGUUAUGCCGCUGACCUGCGGGACAGACGUCCCUGACUCACUUCUCUCACUGAGGAGCACGCAGUAAACUCCCGCGACUUCAUCUUCAAACCACAUUCUUCCUCAGCUGAGGUUCGUUUCAGUAGCACGGCUUCUGAUCACGUUUCCGUGCCCACCAGUCGUGAGGGAUUGCUCUUAGCACUGGACUGAAACAACUUCAGCUGGAGAUUUCUGAGUAAUCUCCUCACAUUCUCUCUUUUAGGAAUCAUCACGUCAGUCAUGGUUGUCAUGGGAACUCUCAGACAACCAGCAGGUAGCACAGGUGGAGCUUUGGAUAGCUUUCUUAGCUUUUUUAAAAAAUCUUUCAUUCAUAAAAAUCAUAUUUAACAGAAACAGUAUAUUUUACAAACAUAGCAUUAAAUGUGUAAGUCCAAUAUAAUAUACGUUUAUAUAAAGGGAAAUUAAAGUCCUUGGGACUGAGAUUUUGUCCUUGCUGACGUUUAGGAACACUUGGUACAUUGUAUUAUAAUUCUUAGUGACCAAGCUGUAGUGUUUUUUUUUUUUUUUUUAGAAGAAACAUUAAGUAUUUUCACUUUUAUUUCUGAAUGAUUGAUUUAAACAAUAAUUUAAGUAAAAAAAUCUUGAACUUGGGGCAAAAAUUAACUUGAACAUAAAAUAUUGUACACCUGUAUUAUUUACAUAAAUUAAUUUUGAUUUAAGUGUGCUGGCAGUGCACAGGGAAAGAGCAUUACAUAUUAAAUACUUAUCUUAUAUUAUUUUUAUUUUAUUAGUUCAAGCUCUGUUCCCCAGUGUCAGACAUUGUGUUAUGAACAUGCCGUAUGAACAGCCAGUGCAUUUGUGGCAGUUAUUCGAAACCAUCCGAUGAUAUUUGAGCUUAAGUAAUGGAAUGCAGUUCCCCUUCCUGCACUGCAGGGGGCAGCGACAGUCCAACUGCUGUCUCCGUCCACACUGGCCUGGCUUCAGCAGAGCAUUCUUGUAUUAAUCCCAGCGAUUGCAGACUCGCCCCCCGCCCCUCAACGUUCCUGCCAGUCAAUCAUCACUUCUUCAAAGCUAGAACCCUCCUGUCCACAGAGCAUACUGUUCCUACUGUCCCUGAAUGCUCAUUUCAUCAUUUAUUUCUCCUUCUAUUUACAGCAGACGCUUCCAAAUGUAUGACAUUUUUAAAAAAACACUAAGGAUAAAUAGCCUGACUAUAAAGGGAAUGAAUUGGUGGAAAGGAAUCUCAAUAUCUGAAACUGUAUUUUUUUUUUUAAAAACGUAUUCCUGCUCAGACCAUGACUGUAUUUUGAGUGGAAGCCAGCCAGCCAACGUGCAGACAUGCUGUUUGCUUUCAUUUCAGAUCUGUGCCCCCCCCUCAACCCCCCAGCAAUAACACAUCAGACUGACAGUCUCUUACUUUACUGCCUGUGUGCGUAAUCCAGCAGGUUACAGCCCUGCCCAGUACAGCUGCCAUUGACCGAUGGCCGUCUCAUAGCACUUGUAUGGUUAUUCCUGGGUGUCAUUUUAUGAGGAAUUUCUCCUUGGACUGGCUGGUGUCGGCAGCAUUUAUCCCAGUGGGAGGGAACUCCUCAUUGCUUCAGUGUUUCUGUGGGCUGGCAAACCAUCCACUUAUAAUUCUUUUCCCUGAGUUUGUAUUUUUCUGAUUUUUUGUGUUAUGACGUUACUGUAUUAGCUCCUGGGGUUCAGAGAAAGCCUGCUGUGGUUGUGUGGUGUGAGCCAGUAAGAGCCGGGUUCUGUGCCGUUCAUCAGUCAAACGCAAGGUCAGAAACUCCUGAAAGUGGCUGACAGAGGAUCGGCUGACGUCACGGGGCGAUUUCGUCCCUCGCACCUGUUUGCAGGACGACGUCGUGCUGUCGUUGGUACUCCGCUGCGAGGUUUGAUUGACAGCAGGCCGCAGCUCUGUAAGCGUGUGGAAACGCUGUGAGUCACGUUCAUCUCCACCGCUGCCUGGUUUGGCCGGACUGAGAGAGCUCUGUUCUCAGUGUGCUGCUGAGGGAAACGCUGGCCUUGUAGCUGCUCACAUCUCAGCUUUUUUUUCCCUUUUCAUUCAUCAGCGCUGUUAUUCCAUUGGCAGGAAAAGAAUGAAUACUGUAAGACCGACGCGUGCCACCCAUUCCGAUUUAAUCCUGUAAUCCUUCACAGCAUCUCAGUGAGGACUUUUGAAUGGCUUUUUUUCUUGUGUUUUUUUAAGUGUCAGACAUAUUAUUUAUAGUGUGGUAUGUGGAAAUAUAGGAUAUAAUAUGUUUGAUGUUUUUUUUUUUUAAGUGUAAAAGAACGUGGUCUGGCAGGCAUGUCACAGAGUAGUUUAAAAACAGUAAUCCAGUAGUGUGUGUCACAUGACCUGUUUCUGUGUUGUAUGUUUCUGGCCUAUCGGGGGAGGUUCUGGAGUGUCUCCCGUGGUUACAGUGCCUGAUGUCUGCGGAUCAGAUCCCUGAACCCGAGGCUCUCUGUGUUAAUAAAGGCACACCAGCUGCA